AUGAGUGCUUCACUACAAAAGAAGUUGAAUUCGCAUUGGGCUAGGUCUAUUCGAGACAAGCGGCUUGGACUUCAAUUACUUCGAGUUACUCCAUUUAUUUUUGGGGCGUGUAGGUCAAUUCCAGAUAAAACUGCAUAUUGUGAUCUGGAUGAGCCCUUUGCUGUACUGUGUGUACCCACAAAUGAGUACAAGCUUAGUCGUCGUAUACGAACCACUGAUGGUUGCUUCUUUUUGAUUAGACUUUUAAGCUUUUCGUUUGAUUAUUUUGAAGAAAAACAAGAGUACGUGGUCGCUAUUCAAUCGUUCGCAGUGAUCCAAGAGUUUCACACUGAUUCCAAUGUGUUUUCUUCCAUGAUAGAAGUAACAAAGGCUAUCAAUGACAGCAAAGAAGACCAAACUCGUCCGAAAUCAUUGAUUAUGAAAACUCGCUCUCGGAAGAUAUCCCAUUCUAAAAAAUCUAAAUGUGAUCCUUCUGAACCGUGUUCUAGUGGAAAUUCCUCAGAUGCAGCGCAACCCUCGACUGUUGUACAGGAAGUACAAAAUCCUCCCGUUACUGUAGCCAGUUUGCCUGGGGUAUUCGCCGUUGAAAAACCGAUGAAUUAUCUUGGCGAACAUAUACCAGAAGCCGAUAACAAAGAGAAUAUUCCAUGUGAAGAUAAAUCCUCCCCGAUUAAUCCGGAUGAUUUGACAUUUUUUGAUGAUUUAUUUAACGAUAGUUUUGAUGUGUCUGGUUUGUGUAAUUGGAAUGAAAUGUUAUCAGUUACACCUGAUGUUGACCAUACAAAAGCACUUCCUCAGGAAAACAAACCUGAUAAUGACGCUCCAAAUGAUGAGGCAGACUCACCUGGUACUCAAUAUUACUCUCUUCCCGACGAAUGCAGUGGUGGUGACACCACUUGUUCAUUGACGGAGCCAGUUGUUGUAUUAGAGAAACCCACAGAGUCAGACAUGCAGGUGGAUGGUUCUCUCCUCGAACUAUUAACUGACUUGCCUGAAGUAAAAUGUGCUUCUGAUGAUAGCACAGAUGCUGCACAUUAUCAUUCUGUCAUAGAAGAUGAGAAUGUUGCAGCAAGUAAUUGUUUUGAAAUGAAUAAUGAAGUGACAUCAACAGCCAAUGACUCGGUGUCUGUUGUCAAUACCGUGUGUAAUUCUGUGGCAAAGUUUGUACAAGGAGUGAAAAGAAAAUUUCGUCGGAUUACAAAAGCAUUCUCAGAAGACGACUCCUCAGGCGAAGACCAUCAGCCAAUAGCUAAGCGUCUUCGAGCAUCUAAUGCAAGCAAGUCGCUUAAGAUUUCAGAUUCUGGUAAAUCCCCGAGUAGCUCACAGUCGUCAUCUAAAGCUUCACCCAGAAUAAGAAAGCGUAUUCCAUUGAAGGAGUUGAACGUAUCUACUGAGCGUAAUCGUAUUCGACGUUAAGAGAACUAGAAAAUUCGAAUGAGUCUUUCAAUGAAGAUUUUGCUCACCCUGUCUUUCUGAGAAUGCUGUAUAAAGAAGAACUAGAAAUUUUUACAUGUGUAAGUUUUUCUUUUCAUUUUAAUUGUUUAAUGUUUCUUAUUUUCAGUUUUGAUUAUGACUAUAUCUGUGUUGUUAUCAGAUAAUAACCCCAUGUCCAUGUUGUGUGAAAAUAUCAACAAGAAAAAUGUGAAGAAUGAAUAAUUAGCUGUGUCGGUUGUCUCAAUAUUUAACUCUGAUUACAUGAGAUAAAUUAAAUGUGGAAAGUUAUUAAUACGCCUAAAUAAAGUGUGACCUGG